AAAGUCUUGAAAAUAAACAAACUGAUGACCAGAAAAUUGAUACUGAUGAAGAUUUACUAUCAAAAAGUUCCUUUAAUUUGCUAAGGCUUGAAAGUACGCAAMGUAAUUUAACUCUUGGCAAGACAACCGAAACAUGUUUUGAUAUAAAGAACUCUAAGAAUUGUUACAUCUUUAAAACGCAAGAGGUCAAACAGAUGAAUAAAACUAAUGAUGAUACACUUACAAAUAASCCUCAUAAYUAUCACAACCUUAAAGCAUGGCCAGACGAUGUGCAGAUAACUGUAGCUGGAGCAGGUUCUUUUGAAUGUUUAAUCAACCUACAAAGUCCUUAUAAUUUACCAUACGGCGAACAGAUGACGGAUASUGGUGCAGACAAAGAAGGCUUKGAGCUGGAUUCCUGUAACUUACAUACUAUACCAGGCAAUAGUUAUUUAGAUAAAGGUAUUACUGAMAUGCCACCUGUCAACCCUCAGGCAUGUUGUACCCAAAUUUCAACAUAUGAAAGUGGCCGUUCUGCACCACAUGGCGUUAAUCAAUACRAUUUAGCUGUAGAAAAAUCAAAYAGAUAUCAGGCUGCUGCUGGUAAUCUGAUUAGCGAUAAUGUUAAUUCCUGUCAAGRUAGUUUAAUCCGAUGCAAUGGUGGACCUAUAUCAGUGCUUGAAAAUCCCAAAUGCCUGUGCACCAAAGAGUUCCAAGAAACAAGUUGUUCAAACAACGAAAAUGUCGAAUUCAUUUUUGAAAGCAAGCUGCCUGAAAUCGAAAACAUGGCAAAAACGCAGUUUUCUAAUGAGAAUUGUAGCCAUUUCUUAGUUGAUACUUGUAACGAAAGUGGAUGUAGACAGUCAUCUGAAAUGAAAGGGGUAUUUGCAGAAACUUCAAAAUGUUCCAUGAUAAAACUGUCAAGAUACACUGCACGAAAGUCAGGUGGAAGGAUCCAACCYUUAAAGAAGAACUCAAUUAAUAUGGAAAAAGACAGCUCUCUCGAACACAGCUUUACGAAAAGUAUCAAAGUUUUAAUAACACCAUUGGAAUUGAAUCACGAUUUGAAUAACAAAUAUUCGAUUAAUCUGAAGAAGCGAAAAUUAGAUCCUAAAGACAGAGUAAAUGGGGACAACAAAAGAUUGAAAGGCAGUUUAACMAAUGAGAAAUUGUCAAAGAAGGUUCGCGAAACCUAUGUUUGUGAAACUUGUMAUCGCWGCUUUAAAAGACAACAGGCAUUAAGUUUACAYCAACAAGCCACAUUUCAUUCUAACAAACCUCAAAAGRUCCGCAGCAGAGCGCCCUUCAGCUGCCCUUUGUGCAAAACAUCAUUCUCAAAAUUGCGAAACUAUAAAUCACAUCUUAAAAAGCACGAAGAGUUUUGGCAUGAGACACAGUGUCCGGUGAUAUCACGUGAUAGCCGUAAAUUCAUAAGCUGUCCAUAUUGCAAUGCUAAAUUCAGGAARGUCAUCAACUACAGAAAACAUUUUGAAAAGUACAGAAUACUGAGGGAGCAGUGUCGUGUUAAAUUAGACUUCUGGUAUAAAAGUUCUUCUAAUGUGYAUGGUCUAUUUGUUUGCGAUAUUUGUAAUGCAAGGAUGAGAAGUAAAAAGAAAUACAAGUACCAUGCUUUGAAGCAUAAACAAAAACAGUCAAAGRUCUGUUCAAACCACCCUUUUGUUGAGAAUAUUGAAGAGAAAGAUUGCUUCCAUACAAACAAAGAAGCUGAAGAUUGUCCACCAACUGACCAAACCGUACAUAAAGUACUUUGUCUAAAACGUCAUUCACAGAGUGAAACAGAUCAAGAUAUAGAAGUACCCAGAUCAAUAGUAGAACAACAUGUGGACAAAGUAGUUGAAAAAGACAAAGCAGAGUCUUCAAUGGAUGUCAUUACUCCUACAAAUUGCUCUAUAGAUAUGUUACCAGGAAAUGAUAGUCUCAGUGUACAAGCAGAGUGYGGUAKUGUUUAUUAUAUACCCUCGAGUGCCACAACCGAAAAUGUUGCAGUGAAAUUUGUCUCAGAAAGUGGUCUUUUGGUUGUUAGAUCAGACGGAGCUCAAGAUGUCAGGCGAGAAAAUCUUGUUAUCACUGGGAUACGAGAAUGUGUAAAURUUGAUAUCAUGCAAAAAGAAUGCCCUGGUGAUGAUGUGCAAGAAAAUGGUUUAUUGGAUACCUUUYCACACAGCGGUGUCGAGGAUAUCAUACCAGAAUGUGGUCAUGUGCAUGUCACUCCAGAAAGUGGUCAAGUUGAUGYAUUACCAAACAGUGUUAUUGAAGGUGKCAUGCCAGAAUCGGGUCCUGUGCAAUUUAUGUCAGAAACUGGUGCAGUGGAUGCUUUACCGGUCAGUGGUGAUGAGGAUAUGUCAGAAAGAAAGUGUKUGGAUGUCAUGCCAAAGAGUGGCCCUAUGUAUGGAAUAACAAAAAGUGGUCUUUUGGAUAUCAUACAAGAAAGUGUCCCUUUGUGUGUCAUGUCAGAAAAUGGUCCUGUGGAUGUCAUGUCAGAAAGUUGCCCUGUGAAUGCCAUGCCAGAAAGCGGUCCUAUGGAUGUCACGCCAGAAAGUGUUCCUCUGAAUGUUAUGCCAGGAAUUGGUCCUGUGGAUGUCAUGCCAGACAGUCGUACUGUUAAAGCCAUGUCAGAAAAUGGUCCUGUGGAUGCCAUGCCAGAAAGCGGUCCUAUGGAUGUCACGCCAGAAAGUGUUCCUCUGAAUGUUAUGCCAGGAAUUGGUCCUGUGGAUGUCAUGUCAGACAGUCGUCCUGUGGAAUACAAACAAAAAUGUAUUUCUGUGGUUGUUAUGCCAGAAAGUGGUCCUGUGGAUGUCACGUCAGAAAGUUGCCCUGUGGAUGCCAUGCCAGAAAGCGGUCAUGUGGAUGUCACGCCAGAAAGUGUUUCUCUGAAUGUUAUACCAGGAAUUGGUCCUUUGGAUAUCACGCCAUACAGUCGUCCUGUGGAUGUUAUAACAGGAAGUGGUCCAGUARAUGUCAUGCCAGAAAGCGGUCAUGUGGAUGUCACGCCAGAAAGUGUUUCUCUGAAUGUUAUACCAGGAAGUGGUCCUUUGGAUAUCAUGCCAUACAGUCGUCCCGUGGAUGGCAUACAAAAAUGUGUUCUUAUGGAUGUUAUGCCAGAAGUUGGUUCUGAGGGUGWUAUGCCAGGAAGUGGUCCUGUGGAUGUCAUGCCAGACAGUGAUCCUGUGGAUGUUAUAACAGGAAGUGGUCCAGUAGAUGUCAUAUCAGAAAGUGGUCCUGUGGAUGUCACGUCAGAAAGUUGCCGUGUGGAYGCCAUGCCAGAAAGCGGUCAUGUGGAUGUCAUGCCAGUAAGUGUUCCUCUGAAUGUUAUACCAGGAAUUGAUCCUGCGGAUAUCAUGCCAGACAGUCGUCCCGUGGAUGUCAUACAAAGACCUGUUCCCGUGGUUGCCGUGACAGGAGGUGAUUCUAAGGAUAUCAUGUCAGGAGGUGGUCAUUUGGAUGCCAUGUCAUAUAGUGGUCCUGUGGAUGCCACGUCAGAUAGUCGUACUGUGGAUGCCAUGAAAAAACGUGCUCCUAUGGAUGUUAUGUCAGAAAGUGGUCCUGUGGAUGUCAUAUCAAAGGAUACAUAUCUGAAUUUCAUACCAGGAAGGGAUAAUGGUGUUGAAUCAGAAAGUGUUCCUGUGGAUGUUAUACCAGGGAAUAGUCCCGUGGACGUCAUGCCUGAAAACGUUCCUUUGGAUGUUAUACCAGGAAGUGGUACUGUCAAUAUUAUGUCAGAAAAUGUUCUCGUYGGUGGCAUUCCAGGAAGUGUUUCUGUUGGUGUAAUGUUACCAAGUGGUCCUGUGGAUGUCAYAUCAGAAGGUGGUUCUCUGGAUGUCAUACCAGGAAUGGAUMCUAGGGAUGCUUUUCCUGGGUUAUCGCGGCUUAACGUUGACCUGCUCUCUCCAAAGGGUAAAUUUGCCAGGUGUUCMACAGAGGAUUUUGAAAUCGUUUUCCAGGAUACYAAACAGCGCAGUAGGAUUUACAAGCGUAAAUGUGCGAUUUGUGGAAAAGGCUUCGUAUAUUAUGCUUGUUAUAAAAAGCAUAUGAUCAGUCAUUUUUCUUCGGGAAUGGGUGCUGCGUCCCUUGGUAAACCCRAGUCAGUUGAACAAAAUUCAUCUAUUAGCGAGGAAAAUACAGCCUUGUCAAAUAAUAGCGACAUACAAGACGCUCCUCUUGGUCAAAACUUGCUAUGUGCAUUCAGCGAUAAAGCUUUACCAAAUAAUGAUGCGAUAAACAAAGAUGAAGAAGAUAACAUUGUCAGAAAUGACAACCUUUCAAUCAGCGAAAGCAAUCGCUUAACUGCAUUUGCUCCAACGAAAGAUAUCCAAGGGAACUCGAGCCAGCAAAUCGACCUUCGUUUGCCGUAUGAGGAUAACGAUCAUGCAACAUCCAGAGGACAAGGGCCAUGUAAAACGCAGUCUUGUGGUGUUGAUUGCACAGAUUCUUUGUUCGAAACAAGCCUUAAAUCCGGCGAUGAGUAUGCACUACUUACGAUAAAAAACGGGAAUAUUUCCGUAUUGGAACAAAGUAGCAUGAAAAAUAGAAAAGAUUUUGAUGUGAUGCCUGAAAGAAGUAAAAACAAACAGACAACUCCAAAGGUUGUGCAUACAACUGAUAGUUCUCCACUCGGAAAAGUUAAUGAACAGAACUCCUCACAAAACAGUGUUGUAGAGUCCUGUGACAAGAAUGCAAACUUAAGCGAAGUUGAAAUGUGUAAUGUGAACAAUAAUUCAAACACUUUGAAAGUACUUAGCAGUGUAGCUUCUAUGCAUUGUAGUAUCUGUAGCUUGAAUUUCAAGAAAAGAGAAGCGUUCAAACUUCAU